UGUUCCCAUCUCCCUCCCCGCCCCUGUAGUGAAAGGCAAAGGAAGGACGAGAAGGGAGUGUGCCAUUCACUUUGUGCGCACGCACCUGUACUCCCAGGGAUUUUGUCUUCGGUGACAAUCGAGUUGACGUCUGAGUGAUUUUACCCCCGCACGCCUCUUUACAAGUCAGCUCCCAGACGCCGGUUGUUGUCGUUAUCCCGGUCGGUGAGGCAGUGAUGUCGUGGGACUGCGGUCUGAGGUACAUGUUCUCCGCGCCCCCUUCUCUGCAGCCGGGCAGCAUGUGCAUCGUGCAUGAUAAGGAGGAAGUGUCCAGAUUAGAGAUGGUCCAGAGACUGGCCAAGGAUGGUUGCCGCUUCCUGCAGAAUCACAGCAAGGGCCUGCAAAGGACAAAUGAGCCUGUACAGAGUGACGAAGCAGUGCGCGUGCAGGAGCAGGGCCGCUGCGUUCUGGUCCUCCGGAGGAUGGCGUCACAGCCAGCAAGGGGAGGAGGGAAGCGGGAGGAAGAAGAGGAGGAGGAGGAGGCGGCGAGGAACAGGAGGUAAAGCCACUCCACAAAUCUCUGCCUGCCUCUCUCACUAACGCUUUCUCCACCUCUCAUCAUUCUCUCUGUGUUACUCUCACACAUGCGUCCAUCACAACUACUGCUGAACUAGGACUGUGUUAGAUGGACCUCACCAGCAUGGAACUGUGAGCUCUAGCCUUUGAGAUCAAGUCAUUUGGGGGCUGGGGCUUGUUUGGAUUACAGAGGGUGUGGGGGGGUUACAGGACUCUGGAUGGCAGGGUAAAAGGGGCAUGCAACAGUAACCACGGUAACAUUGCCGGCGUGAGGGCAAGGAUGAGCCUGGUGCGGGAUGAGAUGCUGCUGCUGCACGUCGCCUUAGUGGAGCAGGAGGAGGAUGAAGACGAAGACGAGGAAGGGUCCGAGGAGGGGACCGGCGGCAGCAGUGA